CCAAACAGAUAACAUGACAGGAUAAGACCUGCUGAAAUACAGAAGCACUCUGUAUUGCUGUAAUGAGACGCUGAGCAGAGUACUUGUUCAUUGAGUUGCCAAUCAAUCUGCAUACAGAUUUAGAGCUUGUCUUCGUUGUCUGUCACUACGCACUAAUGCUGCUGAGGAAGGAACACGACUCGGGAGCGCUUUUCACAGCGGUUUCACCGAUUCCUUAUCAAGACUAGUCGCGGUUGAAUGUGUAACACAAAUUGUCUCUGAGCGCUAUUAUUAAAACAAAAACAAACAAACAAAAAAACAGAUAUUGUCAGGGUAAUCGUAAUGCAAGGGAAGAAAGCAAAAGUAAGAAACAUCCUAUUCUGAUAAUUUUAAAACAGAUCACCAAACUUUCUGAAAAGGAAUGAUAAUUUGAAAAGAAGUCUUGGAAGAAAAAACAGCAGUUCAUAACCAAAAGCUUAAAAAAAAUAAAUUCGGAAAACGCUGAUCAGUGACUCACUUACUGUAGAACCAUUUAAAGAAAACUGCCGCUGAAGAUGGAGAAUGUGAGUUUUUAUCAAGAUAACCAGACUGUAGGAAACUGGACAGAGCCAAGUAUUGAAUACAAGGUAGUGAGUACUCUACUGGUCAUUAUCAUUUGUGGAUUAGGUAUUGUGGGUAACAUUAUGGUCGUCUUGGUAGUCCUUACAACCAAGCACAUGAGGACUCCUACCAACUGUUACCUUGUGAGCCUUGCAGUAGCUGAUCUAAUGGUUCUUAUUGCAGCAGGUCUACCCAACAUCACAGAAAGUAUCUAUGGAUCCUGGGUUUAUGGUUAUGCUGGAUGCUUAUGCAUUACUUAUCUCCAAUAUUUGGGGAUCAAUGCAUCUUCUUGUUCAAUAACUGCCUUUACCAUCGAGAGGUACAUAGCGAUAUGUCAUCCCAUUAAAGCUCAGUUCAUCUGCACAAUUUCAAGAGCUAAGAAGAUCAUCAUAUUUGUCUGGACUUUCACAUCCUGUUAUUGUGUCAUGUGGUUUUAUCUGUCAGACACCAAACAGAAUAGUUAUGUAAAUGUGACAGUAGUUGUUUGUGCUUACAAAGUGUCUCGAAACCUCUAUUUACCCAUUUAUUUCCUGGAUUUUUCUAUAUUUUAUGUGGUGCCCCUAAUGCUAGCCACUAUUCUAUAUGGGCUCAUUGCAAGAAUUCUGUUCCUAAACCCCAUUCCCUCAGGCCCCAAAGAGAAUACACAAAAGAUGAGAAAUGAUACCUCUCAUGAAAACAAGAUUUUUAACUCCAAGGCAUCGAGCCGGUGCUCCAGCAGCACAGCUACAUCAAGGAGACAGGUCACCAAGAUGCUGGCAGUGGUGGUCAUUCUAUUCGCCCUCUUGUGGAUGCCCUACCGCACUUUGGUAGUGGUCAACUCUUUCCUUGCCCAAGCAUAUUCUGAUACUUGGUUCAUUCUAUUCUGCAGAAUCUGCAUAUACCUAAACAGCGCGAUCAACCCAGUUAUUUACAAUGCCAUGUCUCAGAAAUUUAGAGCAGCCUUCAAGAAGCUCUGCAAAUGUAAGCAACAGCAGUCAGAAAACCCCAACAACUACAGCAUGGCUCUCAAUUACAGCGUGAUAAAAGACACAUCCAAUGGAGGAAGCCCUGAUCACAUUACCACGGAGUUAGAUGAUACUGCUGUCACUGAAAAGUUUCUUCCCAGCAAGGAGCUAUCCUUUGAAGACACCUGACCCAGCAAGGUGACAUUCAAGAAAGCUUAAUUCUGUGUUGAAUUAGUAGAUAGCAGAGAUAACAAAAAUGCAGUGUGUAUAUACUUUACUACAGAAGCUCAUUAGCGUCACAAAGGAAAACAUAUUUACUGCGUUAUUACGAGAUAAUAUUGCAUUAUUUCGCAAUAAUGAUUGUGUUAUUACAAGAUCAGCGAUAAAGAUGCCAUAGUGUAGCAGAAGUGAAGUGCAGAUAGACAGUGAGAAACUGUGAAGUAUCUCUAUUACAGCUUCCUAAAUGUGAAAAGAUUAGUUUGCAAAGGCAUCAGUUUGUGCAAGUCGUAAUGCCUGGUUUUGUGGGGUUGAUGUCUUACCUAUACAAUACAUACUAGUAAUAAGAACUAACAUAUCAUUAAAUACAACCCAGUUUAAAGCAAAAUAACGCAAUAGUUUUUUGUGAAAUAACACAAUAUUAUCUCAUAAUAAAACAAUUUUUUUUUUCCUUUGUGGCACUAAUGAGCUUCCAUUCUUUAUAGAGGUUGGAUUAAAAAACUAGAAACACCUGCUAUAACACCUGAUGCAAAACUUUUGGCCACAGCUGUAUAAUGAUUUAAAAGUGUUUGUCAAGUCAUUAUACACUGGUGAUUGAUAAUGACAACACCAAAAGGACUACAUAUUUAUGGCUGCCAAAUACUGGUGGCUGAACUAUUAAACCCCACCUUUUGUAACCUCUAGAUUUUACAUUUGCAAGCACUCUUCAAAAGCCCAUAGUUGCAUAUGUGUUGCAGAGUUGGCUGCUGGCCUCAUCUUUUAUGAUUAGUUAUUUGGUUCCGGUAUUUUCAAGAUACAGUACAUUGGCAUCUUCAGUAUCUAUACUAUUUGUUACAUUUGGUUCUUCUGUCUAAACAUGGAGAAAUGGUUCCAUUGCUAUAACCUGCUUCAAUAUAAUGAUUCAAAGCUCUCCCUUAAUAAUUUAAUAAAUGUUUUAAUAACCUUUAAUAGCUUAAAUAGAAAUAAAUAAUAAUAAUAAUAAUAAUAAUACAUCAGCAAUGCACAACCCAUACAUAAUACUUAUGACAAGGUGUUCCAGGUAUUGCAUUCACAUAACAUGUAAUGUACAUUGGUUACAGCUGGAGUUCACAGUGUGCAACAUAUAAUGAAUGUACUACAUGCUGAACUUAUAAUUACGUUUGUAGUAAAAUCAUAUUUAAAGUCAGAGAAAGUAGACAAGGUCUGAUAUCAGUGGGGCUUCUUUCUGUUAACAAUACCUCUUUGAUACCUUCUAACAGAACUGUGGCACACAUAGAGAACUCAUCCAGAACUAAAUAUGAUUUUGAAAAAUACUGCUUAAAAGUUAUCACACAUGCACUCAUUACAGAUAAAUAAAUAGAGCAGCAUUGUCUAUGUCAGCCAACAGAAACCCAUACAAAACCUAUAUAGAUUUUCUAAUUUCUGUGACUACAGAAAUAUCAGCAGGCCAAAGAAAACACAAAGCCCAUUAGCAGGGUAUAUUAUUAUUUGUUUAUUUAGCAGACACCUUUAUUCAAGGCGACUUACAGAGACUAGGGUGUGUGAACUAUGCAUCAGCUGCAGAGUCACUUACAACUAUGUCUCACCUGAAAGACGGAGCACAAGGAGGUUAAGUGACUUGCUCAGGGUCACACAGUGAGUCAGUGGUUGAGGUGGGAUUUGAACCAGAGACCUCCUGGUUACAAGCCCUUUUCUUUAACCACUGGACCACACAGCCUCCUAUAUUGGUCAUUAUUUGUAAUCACUUUUUUAUUAUUUGUUAUCGUUCAUAUUUUUAGCAUGAGUAUGUAUGUUUUGUAUUGCAUAUUUGUAUUUGUCACAAGGUGACUAGUUGAUUUGUCAUUAUUUGUAAUCACUUUUUUUAUUAUUUGUUGUCAUUAUUUGUAUUUUUAGUAUGAGUAUGUAUGUUUUGUAGUGCAUGUUUGUUGGCGUCUAAGUUGAGCAUGGUUUGUUUCCACACAGGUUUAUUUUGAUGUAACACUCCUUCCUCACUCCCGCAAACACAAGCUAAGCUACAGAAUAUAUGAUUAAAGAAAUACCAUUGAAUUUAAGCAGGGAUUGGAGAGGAAACGAGAGAUCUCAUGCCCUUUUUGGGUAUUUAACAGCGCCGAUGAACAUAAAGGUGAUUUCAAAGAGAGAAAUACUUGUCGUAGAUAACCGCAGUAGAUGUACGCCCCAACACGUCUGCCAUACUAGAAGAGCUGUAUAGGCAUUUAUAAGGUUCUGAUUGCAGCAUUACAUACACAGUUGUUUAACUGAAGGCAGGGAACUGAUGAGUCUCUUUGAGCUUGGUGUUGGCUCCCCUCCAGAAGAGAAUCGAACCUGCACAGUAACUUAAGAAAUUGCUUAUUUUGGUCAGAGAAUCAUUUCUACAGGUGUAAUCCUGUUCUGGUGUAGUCAGAACUAUGGAUAUAAUGUCAUCAACAACAAUAGUAUAGUUUGGUCAACAAUGCACGCCUGGUCACAUAGACAUCAUUUUUGUUCAUUUAAAAAAAAAAAAAAAGUUUCCUAGUUUUUUAGUAAUAUUUUAUGUAUUAUUAUUUGCAAAUAAAGGGGUACUGGCAAGUUUUAAAACCUGCUUCUUCUCACAAUUUCCUAGCCAUUUUUCUAGACUUCCAGAGUUUAUUUUUCCUUAAGCCUCAUAAUCUAGGGUUUUAGUGUUUUAUUAAAUUGGUACCAAGAUAUAAAAUGAGCAGUGUCUACAAGAUGACAAGCAAAAAAGACAUAUAGUUAACCCAUUGCAAUGCCUUUGCUGGUAAAACUGUGGUCUGCUAAUGGUUCUGCAAUGGUUUCUUUAGAGCAGGGGUGGGCAAUUCCGGUCAUGGAGGGCCGAUGUCCCUCCUGGUGUUUGUUCCAACUGACCAAAUAAGCUUCUAAUAAGCACUUAAUUGGUCCAAUUAAGUAAUUUAGGGUACAGUUGGAACAAAAAGCAGGAGGGACACCGGCCCUCCAGGACCGAAAUUGCCCACCCCUGCUUUAGAGUAAUACACAUGUAUUAUAAUGUUAUCCAAGAAGUAUAUUUCAACAUUUUGUAUUUGGUCAAUUAUCCUUGUCAUUUUAGAAGUUAAGUGAUCCAAAUACUAUACAGCUUACGUUGUCCAGUACUGUAAAGUGUUUUUUUUUUUUUCUAUAGUCCAGCCUUUCAGUGAUUGUCUAUUGAGAUUGUGCUGUGUUGGGCAUUUUGUCUUUUGUAUCUUGACCUCUUGUAGUUGUUUGGGUUGUGUUACUAUUGUUAUCCACAAGUCAGCAAGCACAAAAGUGAUACCUUCAUACCUUCUGUAGAUACUGUUUCCGUCAGCACAGCGAUUGCCCAAACGUUCGCAAAGUACCAGCUAACUUGGGAAAAUGUGGCUUUGACUUGGACAGAUUGUCAGACAUGCCAGGGACAUUAAACCUAAUUAGAAACCAGAACUGCUACACAUCACAUUCCACAUGUAAAGUGUGUAUACUGAGAUCCCCCACCGAUUUUUACCGAUGUUUCCAUUAGAAACAGUUUUUUACUGAUUUUAUCCCUAUUUUAAUAUAUGGAAAGUAAACUAUGAAAAAUUCCCGGAAAAUGUUUUUAAAGAUAAAAACCAAAAACGUGGAACACUAUUUAUUAUGUACGAGUAACAAGAAGUAAUUAGAAAUUAAUUUCAAAUUAAAACAGGAUGUUUACUUAUGAUUUUAACCAGAGGUACUUACUUAUGGCUCUUUAUAAUCCACUCCAGUCCUGGACCUUGUUCCAACCACUUCAUUAAGUGUUUAAUUGAGCAGAAGAGCAUUUUAUUCCAGCCAGGUCUUUAAUUAUUAAAUUCAACCUAAUGUAAGACACAGGUACUAGGUACUAGUUUGGAAUGAACUGAGAGAGUCAUAAGAAUACCAGUGAACUUGACAGGUAUUGAGCUAAAGUGAAACAUUAGCAGUUUUCUUGGUGUAGCCUUUAAAAAAACAACUUGUACUGUCACAGAAACAGGGCAAAUUCUACAAUAUUUGUUUAACAGAGGUAUGUUGCACCAUUCAGUAAAACUGACUUAACAGUACUGCAUGGUUAUUGGUAUAGUAUAAUGGUAUAUGAUUCUGCAACAUUUUUUAAGCACAGUCAAUAUAUGAAUACAAUAUAAUGUAUGUUAAAACUUUCGAGUAUAACAUCUGCAGUACAUGCUGCUUUAGGUGAACUGUGAACUGAUUUUGGUGUGCUGUAAAUGCUUAUUACAUUCUUUGUAUGUGUGUAUUAUCUUAAUAAAUUGCUUCUGUAUGUC